AUGGCUUCCGCUGUUGCGUCGUCGCUCUCCGUGAACCGCGCCGUCGCUGCCGCCGUGUGCGGCGGAGAGAAUCGUCGUUCCGUGAGAAAAUUCCUCCCCCCUUCCUUUCCCUUUUCUUUUAAGGCGCCACGGAAACGUGCUUCGUCCUCCGUUAUG